AUGGGACAGACUCAAAACACUCCUUUAAGCAUUAUGAUUGAUCAUUUCAAGGAGGUUAAGGGAAGAGCUAGCAACCUCAGUGUGGAGGUCCGGAAGGACCGGUGGCAAACUUUUUGUUCUAGGGAGUGGCCGACUUUUAGUGUUGGAUGGCCGCCAGAGGGGACCUUCGACCUCCCCACCAUCCACCGGGUGAGGGACAUUGUCUCUCAGCCCAAGAAGGGACAUCCUAAUCAACUUCCUUAUAUUAUUACUUGGCAGGACCUCGUGGAAGAUCCGCCCUACUGGCUUAAGCCCUUUCUGCCCCCACGCCCCCCAGAGCCAAAACCCAUACUUGCCUUACAGGAAACGGAGAAGGUAAAGGAGAAGAAGGACCUCACCCUGCCUUCAGCACCCCUCUACCCUGUCUUGCAGGGGGGAACUGAAGAGGAAUUAAUCUUUCCUCCACCGUACCAGCCCCCUAGGAACUCACAAAGGGGCAGUCCUCCACUGCCAGGAGAGGCAGAAGGGGCUCCGGCAGCAGAGAGGGGAGGAGGGGCUCCGGCAGCAGAGAGGGGAGGAGGGGCUCCGGCAGCAGAGAGGGGAGGAACUCUGCCUUUACGAGCGGCAGGGCCCCCAGAUGCGGAGGGAAAUCAGCCCUUUCACUAUUGGCCCUUUGCCACUAGUGACCUGUACAACUGGAAGGCUCAGAAUCCUAAGUUCUCUGAGAAGCCGGCAGGACUUACUGACUUGUUAGACUCUGUCCUUUUCACCCAUCAGCCGACAUGGGACGACUGUCAACAGCUUUUGCAGGUCUUGUUCACCACAGAAGAGAGGGAGAGGAUCCUCAACGAAGCCCGGAAAUUAGUUCCGGGCGUGGAUGGAAAUCCCACCACCAACGCAGCCCUAAUAGAUGCUUCCUUUCCCCUGACUAGGCCUGAAUGGGAUUUCAACACGGCAGAAGGUAAGGAGAGGCUCCGGGUCUACCGCCAGACUCUAAUGGGGGGUCUCCGCAUGGCUGCUAGGAAGCCAACUAAUCUGGCCAAGGUAGGGAAUGUUCAGCAGGAAAGGGAUGAGUCCCCGGCUGCCUUUCUGGAGCGGAUCAUGGAGGCAUUCCGUACCUACACCCCCAUGGAUCCAGAAGCUCCCAAUAACAGGGCGGCUGUGGUCAUGGCCUUUGUAAACCAAUCAGCCACAGAUAUUAGAAGGAAACUGCAGAAGGUAGAUAGGUUAGGGGAGAAGAGUUUAAAGGACCUGCUGGAAGUAGCCGAGAAGGUGUACAAUAACAGAGAGCCCCCGGAAGAAAGGCAGGCUCGUGCUGCGGCGGCUGCUAGCAGCAAACAAACCUGAGACCUAGCUAAGAUCCUGCUCGCCACCACCGCGGACUCUCCCGAGGAACGGAACCGCCGUCUCCGCCGACUCGCCGGCAGCCAGGAAGACUGUAAGGGGACCACCCGGGGCGGGAGGCGGAAGCUGCAGAAAGAUCAGUGUGCUUACUGUAGGGAGAUAGGGCACUGGAAACAAGAGUGCCCAAAGAAAACCAGCAAAAAGGGUGGUGGAGCGGAUCGAGUAAAGGUUCUGGAGCUGGAUGAACUGAGUGAUUAGGGGAGUUGGGGUUCGGACCCCCUCCCCGAACCCAGGGUAACCCUUAGAGUGGAGGGGACCCCCAUUGACUUCCUUGUCGACACCGGAGCACAACACUCAGUCCUCCGUACGCCUCAAGGAAAAUUAGCAAAUAAGAAGUCUUGGGUGCAAGGGGCAACUGGUAUGAGCCAGUAUUCAUGGACUACCCGAAGAACGGUGGAUUUAGGGACGGGACGGGUAUCCCACUCUUUUAUGGUAAUUCCGGAAUGCCCCUACCCCCUGUUAGGACGAGACCUACUCACUAAGAUCGGAGCCCAGAUAACUUUCAGACAAGGGGGGCCUCAGGUUACUGAUGGCAAGGGCCACCCUAUUCAGGUCCUGACCAUGAGGCUGGAGGAUGAGUACCGGCUUCACCAAAAAGCCUCUCCAGUAGAGGACAGCAUGGACGAAUGGCUGCAGGAGUUCCCCAUGGCUUGGGCAGAGACAGGGGGAGUGGGGCUCGCCGCCCACAGGGCCCCAGUCCUGGUAGAAUUAAAACCAGGGCAAGGCCCGGUAAGAAUCAAACAGUACCCCAUGCCCCAGGAGGCCCGGAAGGGAAUUCAGCCACACGUUCGGAGACUGAGGGGCCUAGGGGUGCUGGUCCCCUGCCAGUCUGCCUGGAACACCCCCCUCCUGCCAGUCAAGAAGCCUCACACGAAUGACUACCGGCCAGUACAGGACCUCCGGGAAGUAAAUAAAAGAGUUAUGGACAUACACCCAACAGUCCCCAACCCAUACACUCUCUUAAGCUCUCUGGCGCCCUCCCGUGUCUGGUAUACUGUGUUAGAUUUGAAGGAUGCCUUUUUCAGUUUGCCGCUGGCACCCCGCAGUCAACCCCUGUUCGCCUUUGAGUGGCAUGACCUGGAAGAGGGCUACAGUGGGCAACUGACGUGGACCCGGUUGCCUCAGGGAUUCAAGAACUCGCCCACUAUCUUCGACGAGGCUCUAAACGAGGACCUGGGUGAGUACCGGAGAACACACCCCUUCCUCACUCUCCUUCAGUAUGUGGAUGAUAUCCUGAUUGCAGCAGACACGGCUGAAGACUGCAAGCAGGGGACAAGGGACCUGCUGGCCUCCUUGGGGGCCCUUGGGUACCGGGCUUCUGCGAAGAAGGCCCAGAUAUGCAAAGAAAGGGUGAGUUACCUGGGAUACAUCCUAGAGAGAGGACAGUGGCGGUUGUCUGACGCAAGAAAAGAGACUGUCCUGAAAAUCCCUACUCCCACCUCCCGGAGGGAAGUAAGGGAAUUCCUAGGGUCGGCUGGCUACUGCCGCCUCUGGAUACCGGGUUUUGCUGAGAUCGCCAGGCCCCUAUAUGAAGCUACCAAGGAGGGGAGGGCGUUUGAAUGGACUGAGAAAGAAGAGACUGCCUUUAACCAGAUAAAGAAAGCCCUUUUGGCUGCUCCAGCCCUGGGCCUGCCAGAUAUCACGAAGCCAUUCCACCUCUUCGUAGAUGAACACAAAGGAAUAGCGAAAGGGGUUUUAACUCAAGCCUUGGGCCCCUGGAGCCGCCCAGUGGCUUAUUUGUCCAAAAAGUUAGACCCUGUAGCUGCCGGCUGGCCACCGUGCCUAAGGAUUAUUGCGGCAACGGCGCUUUUAGUCAAAGACGCUGACAAGCUGACUCUGGGGCAGGAAGUCUGGAUCACCACCCCACAUGCCAUUGAGGGAGUCCUGAGGCAACCUCCUGACAGAUGGAUGAGCAACGCACAUAUAACACACUACCAGAGUCUCCUUCUCAACCCUCCCAGAGUACGGUUUCUUCCCAGUGCGGCUCUCAACCCUGCCACCUUGCUGCCCGACCCCGACCUAGAUGCUCCCCUACAUGACUGUGCAGGAAUCCUGGAACAAGUGCAUGGGAUCCGGAAGGACCUGACCGACCAGCCCCUUCCAGAUGCAGACGUCACCUGGUUCACGGACGGAAGCAGUUUCGUACGGGACGGAAGCAGGUAUGCGGGUGCAGCUGUAGUCACUGAAACGGAUACUGUAUGGGCAGAGGCCCUGCCCUCCGGGACGUCAGCCUAGCGAGCAGAGCUCGUCGCCCUCACUAAGGCACUGACACUGGGAGCUGGAAAACGGCUCAACAACUACACAGAUAGCCAUUAUGCGUUUGCCACAACUCAUGUUAAUGGGGCAAUCUUUCAGGAGAGGGGGUUACUAAUGGCAGAGGGGCGGACUAUAAAAUAUAAGCAGGAGAUACUCGACCUGCUUACGUCCUUAUGGCUUCCUGCCAAGUUAGCUAUCAUCCACUGCCAAGGGCACCAGAAGAAUGAUGACCUGAUAGCAAGAGGUAACCGAAAGGCUGACCAGGCAGCCAAGGCAGUGGCCCUUACUUCGGUCCCCACCAUGGCCCUACAGCUCCCAGACCCAGGGGACCCAGUUUUGCCAGUUCAGCCAGGAUAUUCCCUGGAGGAGUUACAGCGCAUUAGGAAGCUUCCCCAAGCAAAAGAGGAGAAGGGGUGGUGGUAUACACCGCAAGGGGAGCUCAUACUGCCGAACCAGCUUGGAGUGUCCAUGAUAAAGCACAUGCACCGGUCCACUCACCUGGGGGCACGCAAAUUAAAGGACUUAAUCCGACACGCCAGAAUUAAGAUCCACCAACAGGACAUCAAAAUAGAACAGGUCGUAUCUGCCUGCAAAACCUGUCAACUCACAAAUGCAAGAACCGGGCCGAGUGAAAAAGGAGCUCGGCUCAGAGGAACCAAGCCCGGAGCACAAUGGGAGGUCGACUUCACUGAGGUUAAACCAGGAAAGUAUGGCUAUAAAUAUUUAUUAGUAUUUGUAGAUACCUUCUCCGGAUGGGUAGAAGCAUACCCAACUAAGCAUGAAACAGCUCAGACGGUGGCCAAGAAGCUGCUGGAAGACAUCUUGCCCAGGUACGGUUUUCCCGCUGAGAUAGGGUCGGACAAUGGACCAGCCUUUAUCUCGCAGGUAACGCAGGCAGUGGCCAAGGCCAUUGGGGCAAAUUGGAAAUUGCAUUGUGCUUAUAGGCCCCAAAGCUCAGGGCAGGUAGAGAGGAUGAAUAGAACUCUAAAAGAGACCCUUACCAAACUGACCAUGGAGACUGGCGGGGACUGGGUGGCUCUCCUUCCAUAUGCCCUUUACCGGGUUAGGAACUCCCCCUACACCCUGGGUUUUACCCCUUAUGAGAUCAUGUUCGGCCAGCCACCCCCUAGAAUCCCCAACCUUAAAGCUGACUCUCUUGCAGAAUUUGAAAGUCAAGAACUGUUUCUUUCCUUGAGAGGGCUCCAGAAGGCGCACGAGGACAUUUGGCCGCGCCUCCGCGCUAUCUACGAGACUGGCCCAACCCCGACUCCUCACCAGCAUAAGCCGGGGGACUGGGUAUACGUCAAGAGACACCGCCGGGAGACCCUUGAGCCACGUUGGAAGGGUCCUUACGUCGUGGUGCUGACGACCCCCACCGCUCUCAAAGUGGACGGCGUCGCCACCUGGGUCCAUCACACCCACGUUCGGCCAGCAGACCCCUCGGCGAUCCGUGAAGACUUCAUCGCCCAGUGGAGCGUUAGUCGAGACCAAUGCAACCCGCUCAAGCUCAAGCUGAGGCGUUCUCAACCUGCCUGAUGUUGGUAACCCUGCUCGCGGCCACUCCCACCACCGGGAGUCCCCACACCCCCUUCAACAUCACCUGGCAGAUCAUAGACACCAGCUCGGGGACAGUAGUUAACGAGACUUCUCAAAUCCACCCCAGAGACACUUGGUUCCCGGACCUCUAUAUAGACCUUCUUAUCUUCUUUCCUGACAUAACAGCUGGAAAGCUUAUUGGGAAUCUCAGAACAUUCUAUUUCUAUGUUUGCCCCGGGCACUCACGAGGACA